AUGAGCAACGCUAUUAUGAAUUAUCUGACUGGCAUGUAUCAACGACCAUGGGUCAACGGAGAAGAUCUGCCUUCCGCUGUUGAGCAACCAGGAGGGUCGCUCUGGAUGAGAUUUCCGGACUACCCCAGCUCUGCUGCCAAGGCAUUACUUGCCGGUGGUAUCGCUAUUCCCAACUCUUGA